AUGACGACGAUUUUGACGAACACGAAAAACAACGAGCGCGAAGACUCCGACGAUGCGACGAGCAAGAUCACGAUUUUCGUCAAACUCCUCCCAGAACCGAACAACGAGGAGCAUAAAAACUUGACUCGGUUUCAAGUUCGAGACUCGAGGUCGAAAUAUUUAGGAAAAACGUGCGUUUUUCGCGACGUGGAGAAGAAUAAAGAGACCAUCUCGGAGUUGAAAAGAAAGGUGGAAAGGGAGACCGGGGAGAAAGUGGAGACGCUGAGAAGAGGUUGUUCGCUUUUGGUGUUGUCAUCGUCAAAGUCGUGUGCUCGAGGCACGCCGGAAGGAGUAAUUCUGGAAGACGAGAAGACUUUAGAAGAGUGCGGUAUUACGCGCUCGAUGGGUUUGUUCGAGUACCUUUGGGUAGACUCCGCGGAGAAUCAGGAGAAGUACAAAGAGGAGAAGGAGCGUAUGUAUAAGAUCUUACCGAACCACGAGAAGUUUUUGGAGGAGUACGCGAAGGAAAAUCCAGGUAAAGGCAACGAUGAAGACUUAGACGACGAGUUUUUGGAGAGAGGUGCGCCGAAUAAGAACUCUAAGUUGUUGCAAGGGAACGCCAAAGACGCGGAGUAUUUCAAAGACGCGGAGUAUUUCAAAGACGCGGAGGAAAUUCAAGCGAAAGUGGAGAAAGAAUUGGAGGAGUACAACGCGAAGGAAGACGAGGAGAGAGAAAAAAUGUUCGGAAAAGGCGACAGAAAAGAGUAA